AUGCGUUUCUCAACGUCUGCCAUCCUGGUGACUAUGCUGAGCUGGAUAGGGGCCGCCGCCGCCCACAACAUCCAGCUCCGCGCCCACUCGCGAGAAUGCUUCCACGAGACAUUGCACCGGGACGACAAGAUGACGGUCACCUUCCAGGUCGGUGACCGGGAGUUUGGCGGCAGCGGCAAUCUGGAGAUCGACUUUUGGGUCGAAGAUCCCGCUGGCAACCGGCAAUAUUACAGACAGGCGGUUUCCUCCGAAGACUACUCGUUCACGGCCAGCCGCGACGGCAAAUACGUCUACUGCUUCAGCAACGAGGGGUGGGCAUCCAACUCGAAGGAGGUUUCGUUCAACGUCCACGGAAUUGUCUACGUGCCGGAAUCCGAGAUGCCGCAGGAUCCUUUGGAAGUGGAAGUCCGCCGUCUCUCUGAGGCCUUGGCACAGGUCAAGGACGAACAGUCUUAUAUCGUGGUUAGAGAAAGAGUGCACCGAAACACCGCCGAGAGCACCAACUCGCGAGUGAAGUGGUGGAGUAUCUUCCAGCUGGCGGUGCUUAUUGCCGAGGGUAUCUUCCAGGUCUGGUGGCUGAAGAGAUUCUUUGAGGUUAAGCGCGUUGUCUGA